AUGAGCGACGACACCUGUGCGAACCCCCUCCUCCUGGGGUGGAUCAAGGAAUGGCUGGACCAGGCUCGGGAGCAUAACUCGAAAGGGUAUACUGUGUACAAAAAAGCAUACGAGUCCAUGAAGGCUUGUCCUCUGAUUUUCCAGCACCCUUCGGAGGCACUACAGCUCAAUGGCCUUGGUCCUAAACUAUGCCAGCGCCUUACGGAUAAGCUAAAGGACCACUGUGCGGAAAAUGGACUUCCCAUGCCGGAGGAUCCACGAACUGUGAAGAGCAAGAGAACAUCCAGUGAAGGCGACGCUGGAAGCCAACCAGCAAAGAAGCCACGCAAAACGAAGACAUAUGCUCCCGCUCUACGGUCUGGCCCUUACGCUUUGAUACUUGCUUUGGGCAGCCUUGAUGAGCACUCAAAUCAGAGCAUGACCAAGGCACAGCUGAUUGAGAAGGCCCAGCCCUACUGUGAUAGCUCUUUCACUGUACCCCCUGAUCCAAGCAAGUAUUUCACUGCUUGGAACUCCAUGAAGACCUUGCUUCAAAGGGAGCUUAUUUAUACCCAAGGACACCCUCUGAAGAAGUACUCUCUGACUGAAGAGGGGUGGGAGGUUGCAAAGGCUCUAAAGAAGACACUGCCAAAGUCGAAUCAGAAUACCUUGACGUUUGAUUCUUCUUUUGGGCAAAUCAUGAAUAAGCCUCCUGCCUCCCGCGGAAACACGAUCACUAGUACCGCCGGACUGGGAUCUUUACACGAGGAAGGCAGCAAUGCUCUCCGCCGGACACAGAGUAUUUGGGACGAAGAUACAGAACUCUCAACAGUCACUCCUAUUCCCAUCCCACCUGACAGCUUCAAAGUCCAGCUGAUUCUGGACACCCGCGAAGUUCGAUCUUCCAAAGACAGAGACUACAUCUCCAACGAACUGAUAAAGAAAGGCAUAAACCCCGAAGUCCGUGCCCUCGAAGUCGGCGAUAUCAUGUGGGUGGCAAAAUUCCACGAUCCCAUGUUUCUUUCAAAGUAUGGCGAGGAAGGCGAUGAAAUAAUGCUCGAUUGGAUUGUCGAACGUAAACGGCUCGAUGACCUUGUUGGCUCUAUCAAAGACGGCCGCUUCCACGAGCAAAAGUUUCGUCUCAACCGCUCAGGAAUCAAAAACGUCAUCUAUCUCAUUGAGGAAUUCACUGUCACACAUGAGUCCAAUGCCGCUACAGCACAGCGUUACUAUGAGAUGGUCAGCUCAGCCAUCGCCUCGACACAAGUAGUGAAUGGUUACUUUGUCAAGCGAACAAAGAAUCUCGACGACACGAUCCGCUACCUUGCACGCAUGACCUUUCUCCUGAGCAACAUGUACAGCGCCUCGUCCCUCUCAUCCACUACAUGUCCCGUCAAUGCUUCCACCAACCCCUCUCAUACCCUAAGCCUCCUGCCUAGCCGGCACCUCUCCACCUCAAAUCCUUACCUCACUACUCUCUCAAACCUCCAAGCCACAAAUCCGUCCAUCACCUACGGCGUAACAUUCUCAACCUUCUGCGCCAUCGCCUCAAAAUCCGAAGCCCUCACACUCCGUGACAUCUUCCUGAAGAUGCUCAUGUGCACGAGAGGUGUCUCAGGAGACAAAGCGCUUGAGAUCCAACGCCGGUGGCCCACACCUCAGGCCUUUAUUCAAGCAUUUGAGGCUCUGAAUCCCAAAGAGAGGGAGACGAUGGUUUCGGACAAUUUGCAGUCCAUGGUGAGGACCAAGACCAUUGCAAAGGUUUUGAGCAAGAAGAUUGCCGAGGUUUGGGGUGAGGCAGGGUGA